CACAGUGACCUGGACUCCUCCCUCUCCACUGGGAGAUACCACUGGCUACAGGAUCUCCUACACCACAGGCAGUGAUGUGGAUAUUGAUGUUGGCUCUACCAACAGCUACACUCUGACUGGUCUCACCAAUGGACAGACAUACACCAUAUCCAUUGUUGCAACAUCAUCAUCUGGUUUACCUAGUGCACCUUUGGUGGUCACUGUUAGUUUAGUUCCAUCAGCUCCAUACAUUGACUCAACUCCAACAGUCACUGUCACUACUGUCACCAUCACUGGUAGUGUCCCCAGUGACUCGGUGGUGACUGGCUUCUCAGUCCAGUGGCAGAGAGACACCUCAGGUGGCUGUUCUAAUGAGGAUGAAGGAAGCAUUAUCACGACUGGCAGCUUCACUAGCUAUACAAUAACUGGACUAGAGGAGGGGAAUAGGUACACCAUCACUGUGAAACUCUUUAAUGAUGCUGGUAGAGGUCCAGUCAGUAACUCUGUUACUGCAAAGACCACUGAAGCUGUCUAUUACAGCUCCCAGUGGUUCUCCUGCCUCAAUCACAGUGGGUACACUCACUGCUAACAGUGUCACUCUACAGUGGGGAGAGGUGGCCUGUCUAGAGAGAAAUGGAGAGAUCACUAGCUACACAGUUACUGCAGCAACCUCUGAUGGAGUGGUGAAAGGAACUGCUAGAGUUAAUGUAGAUGAUAGACAAGCCACAAUCUCUGGACUCACUCCAUCCACACAGUAUACUGUGUCAGUGGCUGCAGUCAAUGGUGCUGGUACUGGACCUGUCACUACCCUCCCUGUAGAGACUCCAGGUCCCCCACCUCCUACUGGUGUGACAGCAGUCCAGGAUGGUCCCACUAGUAUCACAGUGACCUGGACUCCUCCCUCUCCACUGGGAGACACCACUGGCUACAGGAUCUCCUACACCACAGGCAGUGAUGUGGAUAUUGAUGGUGGCUCUACCAACAGCUACACUCUGACUGGUCUCACCAAUGGACAGACAUACACCAUAUCCAUUGUAGCAAUGGCUCCAAAUAGACCAACAAGUUCUCCCAUUGAAGCUCAAGUCACACUAGUGGGUGUUCCAGAGAAACCAACUGUGGACAUGGACAACAUUGAGACCUCACCCACUACCAUCACUACCUCCUGGAGCUUUCCUCCCGAUGCCACUGGCUCUGAGGUGAGCUGGGAACUAACAGGGCAGAUGAGAAGAAGGCGAGUCAGCAAUGCUGAGGGAGGGACUAGUGGACGACUCCCAAAAGACCAGAACAGCUACACAAUUGGACGUCUGAGGAGUGGAACUAGCUAUGACAUCACUGUAACAGUCUUCAACUCUGCUGGGAACUCCUCCACCACCUUUACUCACUCUACAGCUGAAGACAUCAGCAAGAGUGAUUCAUCAGCAUCAGUGGCUGCUCUUGGUGGUGUGUUGGGAGUGGUGAUUGUGACUGCUAUUGUAGUGCAGGCAAUGGUGAUAGUCAUUUUCAUCAGGAGACUCCAAAGAGCUAAAGCCUCCACGCACACUACUGGCGUAGAAAUGCCCAUAUUCUCAGGAAAGAAAUAUCUGUAG